UCAUUGGCUGUUGCCAUGACAUCGCCUCGUUGGAUAUGCGGACGCUGAGGAGUGAAGCAUUCUGGGAUACGGACACAAAUUUGCAGCGAUGCUUUGGUGAAGAUUUACUCAAGACGAAAACACUCUACAAAAAUGAAGCGUGUUUUCACCCUCACAGACAGAGCUUGGUUGGGGUCCUGUCUCCAGUACAAAUGGCAGAAGACCCUGGGGAACUACAUCGCUGUCGCAGGAUCUGACAGCUCAGUGAAGAUAUUUGACAGACAUGGACAGAGGAAGAAUGAACUAAAUCUACCUGGGCGUUGUGUAGGGAUGGACUGGGAUAAGGAUGGAGACAUCUUGGCAGUGAUCUCUGACAAGUCCAGCUCCGUUUACCUCUGGAACGCUAACGUCAACAAAACCUCACAGAUAGACAGCGGCAUGAGAGACCAGAUGUCAUUCAUCCUGUGGUCGAAAGCCGGGCCCCUAUUGGCUGUCGGGACCAACAAAGGAAACCUGCUGAUCUAUAACCAACAGACGUCACGCAAGAUCCCUGUCCUGGGAAAGCACACUAAGCGUAUCACCUGUGGCUGCUGGAGUUCUCAGAACCUGUUGGCGCUGGGCAGCGAGGACUGCAGCGUAACCAUUAGCAACCAGGAGGGAGACACCGUCCGACAGACGUCGGUGCGUUCUGACCCAGCUGAUGUCCAGUUCUCUGUGAUGAAGACAGACGAGAGGUCUUCCCCAGGAGAGAGCACAGUGAGUGUGAGCGUUGCCAAGAAGACCCUGUUCCUGUUUAACCUCAACGACCCCGACAACCCCAUAGAGCUGGCCUUCCAGCAGCGCUACGGACACAUCAUCUCCUACCGCUGGUAUGGUGAUGGCUACAUCCUGAUCGGUUUCUCUCAGGGUUAUUUUGUGGUGAUCUCCACCCACAUCAGAGAGAUCGGUCAGGAGCUGUUCCAGGCUCACAACCAUAAAGACAGUCUGACCAGCGUCACCAUUUCCUAUUCCCUAAUAAAUUGUGUUUAUCGGUGUGUUUGUUGCAGUAUAAAGAUCCAUGAUCUGUCUGAGCUGAAGGAGAUGGACGCCAUCGUCAACCUGGAGGAUGAGACUCAAGGUCUAGACCAGUUGAGCUGGACAGAUGAUGGUCAGUUGCUGGCCGUCUCCACCCAGAGAGGAUCCCUGCACGUCUUCCUGACCCGUCUCCCCAUCCUGGGGCACAGCUGUGGGACCCGUCUGGCCUACCUGACCUCCCUGCUGGAGGUCACCGUGUCUAACCGUGUAGAGGGGGAAGCUCCUGUUGCUGUGGCGGUGGAGGUGGAGCCUAACUUCAUCGCCGUGGGACCCUACCACGUUGCCGUGGGGAUGAACAACCGAGCCUGGUUCUACGCCCUGGGAGACUCCGGUGUGGAGAGGCUGAAGGACAUGGAGUAUUUGGGGACGAUCGCCACCAUGUGUCUGAACUCAGAAUACGCAGCGGCUCUGUUUGAGGGCAAAGUACAGCUACACAUGAUGGAGGGCGAGGGCCAACAGGAGCAGAGACAGACCAGGCUGUUUCCAGACGGAGACCGUAAAGAACACAUCGUCAGUCACGCCCUCACUAACGACUUCCUGUUCUACGGGACUGAUAGUGGUGUGAUCGUCUGCAUCCUGGUGGAAGACUGGCAGAUGUUGAACGAGUACCGCCACCCAGUCGGCAUCAAGAAGGUGUUCCCUGACCCCAACGGAACGCGGCUGGCCUUCAUCGACGACAAGAGUGACGGCUUCCUGCUCUCCCCUGUGGCUGUGAAUGACUCCCAUGUAGAGAUUCCUAGUUUCUCUCCCACCAUCACUGGGGUCCUGUGGGAGACGUGGCCCUCGGACAGAGGAGUGUUCGUAUCCUUCGACGACGACAAAGUCUACACCUACGCCAUGCAUAAGAACACCAUCUACGGUCCCAGGGUAGUGUUUGUAGGCAGCACCAAGCUGCCUUUCUCCCAUAAGCCCUUGCUGCUGUAUAAUGGUGAACUGACGUGUCAGACCCAGAGUGGGAAGACCAGCAGCGUGGCUCUGAGCACACACACUUUUCUCACACACACACACUCCCCCGGUGCACACACACACACACCUGAGGAGCUUGGCAAGCAGCUCACACAGGCGCUGAUGCUCAAGAGGUUCCCCGAGGCGUGGGAGCUGUGUAAGGUGCUGGGCGGCCCGGCGGGCUGGGCUGAGAUGGGCCGGUCCUGUCUGAUACACAUGGAGGUGGAGCUGGCAGUACGGGUGUUCCGGAUGAGUGGCAACGUUGGCAUGGUGAUGUCACUGCAGGGCAUCAAGGGUAUAGAAGACAGGAGUUUGUUAGCAGGUCAUCUGGCUAUGUUCCUGAAUGACUAUAACCUGGCUCAGGACCUCUACCUAGAGUCUUCCUGUCCCAACACAGCCCUGGAGAUGAGGAGGGACCUGCAGCAUUGGGACAGUGCUCUGAUGCUGGCUAAGAGACUGGCUGAGGACCAGAUACCGUUCAUAUCGAAGGAGUACGCUGUUCAACUGGAGUUCAUAGGAGACUAUGUGAAUGCCCUGUCCCACUAUGAGAAAGGUAUGACCCACAACAACAAGGAGCAUGAUGAGGCAUGUCAGGGGGGUGUGGCCAGGAUGUCAAUCAUGAUGGGUGACAUCAGAAGAGGCGCGGCCCAGGCCAUCUCUCACCCGAGCAGAGGCCUGAAGAAAGACUGUGGGGUUAUACUGGAGAACAUGAAGCAGUUCUCUGAAGCAGCCCAGCUGUAUGAGAAGGGGCAGUACUAUGACAAGGCUGCCUCAGUCUACAUACGCUGCAAGAACUGGUCUAAAGUAGGAGAGUUACUCCCUCAGGUCUCCUCUCCUAAGAUCCACCUGCAGUACGCCAAGGCCAAGGAGGUGGAUGGCAAGUUUAAGGAGGCUGCCCAGGCCUAUGAGAGUGCCAGGGACUGGGACAACGUGAUCCGGGUGUUGCUGGAUCACCUCAACAACCCUGAAGACGCCGUCCGCAUUGUCAGGGAGACGCAGAGCAUCGAUGGGGCCAAGAUGGUUGCCAGGUUCUUCCUGCGUCUAAGUGACUACUGCUCAGCCAUCCAGUUCCUGGUGUUGUCCCACUGUAACGACGAGGCCUUCCAGCUGGCACAGCAACACGGACAGAUGGACAGCUACGCAGACAUCAUCAGCUCUGAGGCCACCCAGGAGGACUACCAGAGUAUGGCUCUCUACUUCCAGGGGGAGAACAAACACCUGCAGGCUGGGAGGUUCUUCCACAAGUGUGGCCAGUACAGCAAAGCCCUGAAGCACUUCCUGAAAUGUCCCAACACUGAUGACAACCUGGCCAUCGAGAUGGCUAUAGAGACGGUGGGCCAAGCCAAGGAUGAGUCUUUGACCAAUCAGCUGAUUGAUUACCUAAUGGGGGAAAGUGACGGCAUGCCCAAGGAUGCCAAGUACCUGUUCCGUCUCUACAUGGGCCUGCUGCAGUACAGAGAGGCAGCGUGUACUGCCAUCAUCAUCGCUAGAGAGGAGCAGUCUGCAGGGAACUACCGUACCGCCCAUGACGUGCUGUUCAGUAUGUACACUGAGCUGCAGACACAGAAGAUCAGAAUCCCUGCUGAGAUGAACACCAACCUCAUGAUCCUCCACUCAUACAUCCUGGUUAAGAUCCAUGUGAAGAGAGGGGAGCAUCUGAAAGCAGCUCGCAUGCUCAUCAGGGUUUCCAACAACAUCAGCAAAUUCCCCUCCCACAUCGUACCCAUCCUGACGUCAGCGGUGAUAGAGUGUCACCGGGCCGGUCUGAGGAACUCUUCGUUCAGCUUCGCCGCCAUGCUGAUGAGGCCAGAGUACCGUCACAAGAUCGACCCCAAGUACCGCAAGAAGAUAGAGGCUAUGGUCCGUCGUCCAGACACCAGUGAGAUAGAAGAGGAGACCACUCCUUGUCCAUUUUGUGGUUUCACGCUGCCCCAGUGUGAACUGAUCUGUCCUGGCUGCAAGAACAACCUGCCCUACUGCAUCGCCACGGGUCAUCACAUGCUGAAAGAGGAUUGGUCAGUUUGUCCUCACUGUGAAUUCCCUGCUCUCUACUCCCAGCUCAUACUGCUGUUGGAGACAGAUAGUGUGUGUCCCAUGUGUUCCGAGACUCUGAGUGUGAACCAGGUGGAGAAGAUGGAUGACUGUUCCAGCUUCCUGCAGCCUGACCAAUCAGAGCACUGAUACAGAGAUCUGUGGUGAUGUGGCCUGGUGGUGUACUACAUAGAGGACUGCUGCUGAAGGGAGGAAUUUAAUUACCUUCAUUCCUCUCUGGACAUUACCACGAGCCCGUCCUCCCGGAUUAAGGAGCUACCAACCUCCUGUGAUAGGGGAACGGG